GGGAUGCUGAGCAAUCGUCCAACGAUGCCCCGAUGCCAACAGGGUUCCUAUGUGGGAGAUGAUAUCGACGGUGUGCUCGAAAUAGGAGCUCAGCGUGUCUGGUAUCGCCCAUUCCCUUUGAUUGACUACGAGGGCUUUCUUUUUGGAGCUCAUUUGUCUCAAUUCCCGCAUAGCAAUUUUAGCUUCAGUUCACCUCUUUGACCUUCAACUUCUUCUCUCUUUUCAGAUACCUUUGCAUAGUGGGAGGCACGUUGACACCAUGUCAAGUCUCACUGAAAUCGCCUCCAAAGCCGACUACUCAGCGCACCUGGCCGCCCUCUCACCCUCUGCACUCCUUAUCCUCUAUUUCUACACUCCAUGGACCGUGUUCAAGACCCAAAUGACCGCUGGCCUAACCGACCUUGCCUCGCAGUACCCCGCCAGUACCCCGCCAACCAUCUCGUUUGUCAGCAUCGAUGCCAAAGGGCUGCUUGACAUUGCAAAGGAAUAUGGCGUCCGCAUAGCCCCUUGUGUCGUUUGCCUGCGUAAUGGUCUAGUCCUCGAGUCCAUUCGAGGCGACGACCCCAGUAUGGUCCGCAGUGCUAUCGAACGCUAUACUGGCAUCAAGGCUCUCCCCAUCCCCGCCGCCCCAGCUCUUACCCCGGAACAGCUGAAACAGUCCAAGGAGGCUCUAGUCACCCGUCUUACCGAGCUGGUCAAGGCUGCCCCUGUUAUGCUAUUCAUGAAAGGUACACCCAAGUCGCCUCAGUGCCGUUUUAGUCGACGGUUGGUUCGGAUUUUAGAUGAGCACAGCAUCGAAUAUGGUUCCUAUAAUGUCAUGGCCGAUGAGGAUAUUAGACAGGGCCUGAAAGAAUUUGGUGACUGGCCUACGUUCCCUCAACUAUGGGUUGACGGUGAGCUGGUUGGUGGACUCGAGAUUGUCCGCGAGGAACUUAGCACCAAUCCUAACUUUAUGUGCCAGUAUUUGGUCAACAAGCCACCAAAUAGGGGCAGUUUGGGUAAUACGCAUGAAGAAAGUAAAUUUCCGCCCAGUCAACCAUGCCUUGAAGUAUAG